UGACUGUCGUGGCACUUCGUCACAGAUCAUAGCGGGUGUGUAUCCAUUACUCUUAUAGGCUGUUAGAAGCGUUACAGGAUCUGUUCAGACGUUGGCCACUGAUUUGCGCUGCUUAUUAGCUUGAGGUAUUAAUCAAGAUGAAAGCAUUAAUUUUGGUGGGUGGGUAUGGGACUCGUUUACGGCCCCUCACUCUAAGCUACCCCAAACCUCUGGUGGAAUUUGGUAACAAACCCAUGUUGCUGCAUCAGGUGGAAGCUUUGGUACAGGUUGGUGUUAAACAUAUAAUUUUGGCUGUCAGUUAUCGUGCAGAACAAAUGGAGCAGGAACUGAAACAUCUUGAAGAUAAGCUUGGGAUCAUCAUCACAAUAUCUCAUGAGGUGGAACCUCUGGGAACAGCUGGUCCCUUGGCACUGGCAAAAGAUCAUUUGCUGAAAGAUGACAGUCCUUUCUUUGUCCUCAAUAGUGAUAUUAUCUGUGAUUUCCCAUUUGCUGACAUGAUUGCGUUCCACAAGCAUCAUGGAAAGGAAGGAACACUUGUGGUUACAAAAGUGGAAGAGCCAUCCAAAUAUGGUGUUGUAAUUUACCGUCCCGAGGAUGGAGCCAUUGAGCGAUUUGUAGAAAAACCACAGGAAUAUGUGUCAAAUAAAAUCAAUGCUGGGAUGUAUAUAUUCAACACAGAUAUAUUAAACAGAAUACAACUGCGACCAACAUCCAUAGAAAAGGAAAUAUUUCCAGCCAUGGCUAAAGCAGGACAGUUAUAUGCAAUGGAUUUAAAGGGCUUCUGGAUGGACGUAGGACAACCAAAGGAUUUUCUCACUGGGAUGUGUUUGUACCUUGCAUCUCUGCGCCAGAAAACCCCAGAAAAGCUGGCCUCUGGCGACGGUGUGGUAGGCAACAUUCUUGUGGACCCUAGUGCCAAGAUUGGCAAGAACUGUCGUAUAGGGCCAAAUGUGACAAUUGGACCAGAUGUGAUCAUUGAGGAUGGAGCUUGUAUCAAGCGAUCAACAAUACUUAGAGGAGUGAAGAUAAAGUCUCAUUCAUGGCUCGAAUCUUGUAUUAUUGGCUGGAACUCAACAGUGGGACAGUGGGUUAGGAUGGAAAACGUAAGUGUACUAGGAGAGGAUGUAAUAGUGAAGGAUGAACUUUACAUCAACGGAGGCAGAAUAUUACCACACAAAUCCAUAUCAGAAUCGGUCCCAGAUCCACAGAUUAUCAUGUAGCAGUCCUGCAUCAAGUCAUUGUCAUACAUAUAACCUAUGGACAUGUUGUCACAACCAUUUCAAAACCAUCAGUUUUUAUGUAUGUUGAUGUUAAAUCAUGUAGUUGGAAGUUCUUGCUGGGGGGAUCUGGUGCUAGUAACAGUGACACCUGUAAUGUCAACUUUUUCACGAACUAAUCUUCUUGAUGUACUACAGACCACAGUCUUCAGACAAAAAGGGGCAGGGUGGCAGUUUUCUGACAUUUGCGAGAUAUGAAAUUGAUUGUGUCCAGAAAGUUUCUAAACAGUGAUAAUUUCAUCGUAAUCGACAAUUACUAGAUACGUAUAUGAAAAAAGCCUUUUUCAUUUCAUGUCCAGGUUGUAUGCUUUCUGAAGCUGUGUUUCCACGGACAUAAGAUUGCAAUUGGGACAACUCAUUCGAUAGUUCUUCUGAGAUUGGGAAUUACAUGUAUAUGAAUACAAUGGCGUGUUUCCACGGACUCUGCCCAAGCAGGCUUUAAUUCAGCGCAAAUGGAACAUCACAUUUUUAAUGUAUGAGGCAAGGUUAUAUUGAUAGGGUGGAUUGACAGUGUAGUAGAGGCACAGUUGUGAAGACAUGGGGUGUGGAAGCACUGUAUCGAAUGUGUUAUCACAUGAAUCUCGUGUCCAUGGAAACACAGCCUAAUUGUUAACUGUGAUACUGGCAUUGCCUUGGUUUUAAACUCAUUGAAUCAUGAUGUAGUGUAGGAGCAUUGUAUGGUAAUACAAAAGCAAAGCUUGAAUUUGAAUUGUAAUGGGCAGGUCAAGACACCAGUAUGUACACCUCAUUGAUGGAACAAUAUCUGAAGAAAGACUACAUUAUUGAUUACACCCUUGAAAACCAGCUCAUCACAGGUCUUGAGAACAUAUCUACAAGUUUGUGACUUUCAGCAGGAGGACACAUGGAAGCAUUUGGUCUGCCAUUUCAAAUCUGUACCAUUUCAGACAAAGUAAUGCUGUGUCAAGCAAACUUCUUAGAUUGAAAGUGGAGUGAUUCACGGAAGUAGACAUGUGAAAUGUAAUUGUUUUUAUCUUAUCUUAAGGACACUAAUUUUAAUUGUUGUUUGAUGGGCAGAAUAGAUCUUUUUUUUUGUCAGUGUUGGAGGAGAGCAUAAAAAUGAAAGUGAAACUUGAAAAUAAUUUAAUUUGUUGAUGAAAUGGACUAUUUUGGCAAUUCGCCCUAUUAAGCACAUUUUUAAAUGAUGGGAAAGCCUUGACAAACAGAAAAAUCAUUAAAAAAAACAUCAAAAGUGGAUUUCAGUUUUAUUUUUAUUCCAGUUUUGGAGUUUUUAAUGUCUGUUCAAAACCCAAAUACAAUUGGUGUUACCUAUUGGACCAGUAUUUGAUAUAUCCUUUAUAAAUGUAACAUCAGGAAGAUUAGUCAUUGGUCAGAAUAAUAUCUGAAGUGUGUGAAUACUGGCUGUGGCUUUGCAUGCUGAAGUCAUAGUUCAAACAGAAAGUUGUAUCCAAAGUUGGCUUUAAACAUCAAGUUAUUUGACUCGUAGAAAAGAUUAAUACAUGACUUGAUCACAUUUUUACAGAACUUAAAACGUCAUCAUUUCCACUGUGAAAAUUCUUUGGAGUUCAUUUGCAGGUGCUAUUUCAUACAAGUACAUCACUGUGGGUGCCAAAAUUUAUGUAAUGCUCAGCUAAAUAUUUACAGUUAAUAGUGAAAUUUGGGCAGUUACAAAACAAACAAUGGCACUCACUGAAAGUGAAAUAUAGAUAUGUGUCAACAUUUGUGAUGAAAUAAUGUGAUAAAAUGAAUUGAGCUUCCAGGUGGCAAGUCCCAAAAUAUUAUUAGUUUUCUAUAGUUAGCCAAAUUGUUGAGUAACAAUUUGUCCAUUCUUAUCACUUCGCUUUCUUUUGGUACCUGUCAUCUGUAGAGAGAUGUUGAAAAUCGUAUUUUGUUGCCUACAUACUGUUAGCCACCAUCUGAACAUUUUUUUCUGGAAAUUCCAGAAGUUUUAAGUAAUAUUUAAUUAACGUAUUUUUUAUGCUCAGUGGAAAAGACUUGAAAGGCAUAUCUAUUUUUUCUUCAAUGCAAAAGGAUUGGGGUACAUGUGCAUUCAGGUGCGACCAUGUGUAUAUUAAUUAAAAACCGCUUGGAAGCAUUAUUUGGUUUUAAGUGUAAAUUGUGAAGAUGUUUUCUUGUGCUCUUAGCAGCAAAAUUCAAAAUCUGAAAACUGUCAGAAACAUUAUGAACUGCGAUUCCAAGUGUUUCCAAAUGUACAUGUACUUCUUUUUGACACACUGCUAAAAAUUAACAUUCCAACCUGAGAUAUAUGGAAAAAAAUUUAAAUGUUGUCCAUGUGAAAUGCCAUUAAAAUUAUUUUUAUAAAAAAAAUUAUCACACUGUAUAUGAAGUUCAUAAAUUAAGAGUUUGAUCAAUCUUUAUGAUAUAGGGCCUAUUUGUAUGCCAUGUUUUAUGGAGUAGAGGUGUAAUCUGCUAGGGAGGAGUAAAGGUUGCUUUAAGACUGAAAGGGUUCACUGUUAUGUUUUCUAGUACAUUUAUAUUUCUGUACUUCUUUGACUGUCUGCUAGUUAGGUAAAAAUAUAUCAUGUAGUAUGAAAGUCGAUUUAGGAAGUUGCAGUUACAAGUAUUUACUUGUAUUUCAGAGAGACAAUCCUCUGUAUUGGUACCAUCAUUACAGAAUUGUUUGAUUUGGGUGAUGGUGGGUCUGAACAGAUACAAAUUUACCUUUUAAGUAAUCAUGUUCAUUUUAGCUUUUUACUGGUUAAUGAGGUCUCAUCUUGCUUCAAAUUAAGAUAUAGUUUAAUGUGGAAAGUGUGUUUUAAUAUUUCUUACCAUGUUGAGACAUUUUUGUAAAUGCUGCUUUCUGAUAUUUUAAAUGAGGUGUAUCAUCAGAAUUAAUUUAUUCAUUUUAUUUAUGGGAUGCCUACCUGCUCCACUAGUCUCACUGACCAAAAAUGUAAAUAUUAUAAGGUUCCGAAACAAUAGUCAAUACAGAUAUUUGCUGUUCUUACUAACAAUGACAGUUAAUAUGUAACAAUGUAUAAAGUUGCUGGCCUACAUGUAGUAGUAUUCUGUGUUUUCAUUAAAGGACCUUGGCAAUGUGUGUAGCCUACAUGCAUAUUCACUUUGUCAUUUAAGUUUGCAUUAAUAGCAUUGUGUACAAAUAUUUACAUAUUUUAACAAUUAUGAGGGAGACAAAUUGAAUGACUUACAAACUGAAUUAUAUUCAGUGGUACAAUAAAGAACUUGG